UGUCAGGGUCUGGAAGCGGAGUCAUCGUGCAUUAAAUACCCAAUCCAGAAUCAUGCUUCCUAAGCUCGAAUUUUUGGCAGCAAGUGGACCCCCCAAAAUUUGCUCCCCCCGUUCCACUCCCGCCAAUGUGCACCAUGCCAUGCGUACUACUAAGCUGGAAGGUGAAGUUGUUCCCCUAUCACUGCGCUGCAUGGUUGCUGAAAAUUUCAGUUUCGAAGCUGGUGUGUUGAUUCUCUGCAAGGCUAGUCGCUCACAGUAUCUAGCUCGCAAUCCUAUAUCGACGGGAAUUUUCCCUUUUCCUUGUAGCAUCCCCAAAGUGUAUGCACGAAGCUCGUGUGGCCCGAUAUCUCGCACUGAAGCAUAUCUGACCAUAUGAAUUGACUGGCCAACUUGGCCUAUUAUUCCUUUGUUUUCUUGAAACAGUCAAAGCUCGGAUCAGUGCAAAUCCCUGCAAGGGAGACCCAACCAGUCCAUCAUGGGUACGUUCGGAUCCCAGACCAGUACUUAUAAUAAGCUGGUCGCUAUUUUUGUCGCGGUUGGAUCAAUGACCUAUGGUUAUUGUUCCUCAAUUAUUUCUAGUACAAUCGGCCAACCAGGGUGGUAUACCUACUUCAACCUCCCACAGGAGGGUGAGCCGGGAUAUGCUUCGAUUACAACACCAGCCAUUUCUACCGCCAAUGGUGUCUUCAGCGCGGGAGGUGCUGUUGGCACGCUGUUCAUAAUGUGGUCCUGCGACUAUUUUGGCCGAAAGGUUAAUAUCCAGUUGGGUGCUUUCUUUUCAAUGUUUGGAGGGGCGCUCCAAGGAGGUGCGAACUCCCUCAAAAUGUUUCAAGCCGGUCGAUUUGUAUGCGGUCUUGGAAUUGGUGUUCUGGUAACCGUCUGUCCUAUGUACCUUUCUGAGAUGUCCAGUGCUUUCCGUCGUGGUUGGCUGGUCGGUCAUCAUGCCAUCUUCCUGGUCUUCGGCUAUAUGCUUGCCGGUUGGGUAGGCUAUGCAUGCUAUUUCGCGGAGGACAAAUUAGGUAGUUUCGGCUGGAGGUUCCCUUUGUGCCUCCAGUGCCUGCCGGCUCUGGUACUGCUUCUUGGAUCUCCGUGGCUCCCUCGCUCUCCUCGGUGGCUUAUCUCCAAAGGAAAGCAUGACGAAGCUAAGAGUGUACUUCAAAAGCUUCGUCAGUCGCCAGACGAUCCGAACGACUUAGUUGCCAAAGAAGAAUACUACCAGACGGCGGAACAAAUUCGCCUGGAGGCGGAGAGAUUGUCCACUUAUGGCAACGUGUGGAACGCAAUUAUGAAGAAGAAAUCUUACAGAAAGCGAAUGGCUAUUGGCUUCCUGACUCAAUGGGGUGCUGAGUUUGGUGGACCAUUGAUUAUCAACAACUAUGCAGUCAUUCUAUAUACAAAUCUUGGAAUGACUGGAGGCAUGCCGUUGCUUUUGAGUGCUAUUUGGCUUACUACAGCUGGUGUCAUCUACAAUCCUCUUGGUGCCUGGCUUCAUGACAAGGUCAAUUCUCGUCGUGGCAUGUAUAUCACCGGCUUUGUCGGCAUUAUCAUAUCCACCUCCUGUUUGGCUGCAAUGACUGCCGAAUAUGCAGGCACUACAAACAGGGUUGGGAACGGGUUUGGAAUUUUCUUCAUAUAUCUUUACUUAGCAUUCCAGGGAACCUUUUGUGACACGACGAUGUACCUCUAUGUUUCUGAGAUAUUCCCAACCGAAAUCCGCCCCAUUGGCAUGGGAUUCUCUCUUUUCGGACAAUUCGCUGCUACCCUCAUUUUACUGCAAACCGCCCCUAUGGGUUUCAACAAUGCUGGCUGGAAAUACUAUCUGGUAAUCAUCUGUUGGUCAGUCGUUUUUAUUCCAGUGAUCUACUACUUUUUUCCCGAGACUGCGCGCUUGACUUUGGAGGAAAUCGCACAGAACUUCGGCGAAGAAGUUGCCGUUCACCUUACAGAUGCAACUGAUGAAGAGAAGGCCCAGCUCGAGCGGGACCUGGCGGCAAGAUCCGACAGCUCUGAGCCUGAUGGUUCGGCCAAGGGUGUCGAGGCCAGCGUUGCUGGUGCCAAGUCACCAGCAGAUGGGGUUCAGGAGGAAUCAAAAACUGGAUGAGAAUUACAGGCUACAAUGACCCUGACAUGAAGGGUUGCUACUAAUAAUCCAACCUAAAUUAAACAGGUCUCUAGCUCUUUCUAGCUGCACAGAAGGAGCUUCGCCCUAGAUCCUUAAUAGCUGGCCACACAGGGCUGUCCGGUCACUACCGUUUGCUCUUAUUUCCGUCACUGGGAUCUCGGACGCUCAGAGACGGACAUUCAUGACGCUCCUUUGAUAGGCAUCAUUGAAGCCGCCUAAAAUAUACUCCCACACCCCCCUAAGCCAGUUGGGGGACCGCGAGCAGGAGGUUCUCAUCACACCUCAUACGAUCUUUAACGACAUGAUACACU